AUGGCAUACAACACCCCUAUUGGCGUCAGAGCGACUGCGCAGCGACAUGGCGCGAAGGACUCCAGAAUAUCGCUUGACGUUGGAUCCAGCAAGGACGAGGUUUUCCGCAUGAGGCUAAAGGAGCUCGAAGACGAGAACUCCGAUUUGGCAGAGAAGGCAACUGCCGCUUCCCAGCGCUUUGUCGACUACGAGAACAACAUCCUACAGCUGCGGACACAGUUACGAGAGCAGCAAGAGCGCCACACAGCAGCCCUCGCUGCGCAUCAUGCCCACGAUCCAGAGCCUUCGACUCCCGUCCACACCGCAAGUCCAGGACUGUCCAGACUGGGAAGCUUCAUGCGCAAGCCUUCUCUCGCUGCUACAAUAUCAGGACCCUCACCCCGUGAACAGGAACUAGAGGCAUCCCUCGCGAAAGAACAGUAUGCUCGGAUCGAGGCGGAGAACAAAACAAAGCAGGUCCAUGCUGAGAUAGAAGAGCUGAGCGCAUCGCUGUUUCAGCAGGCCAACGACAUGGUUGCCAAUGAGAGGAAAACUAAUGCGGGACUGCAGGCGAGGAUACGUGACCUGGAAAGUGCUGGCGCGGAUGGUCCGGUAAUCGCCGCCAGGAAGGAGAACGAGAAGCUGCGUCAAAAGCUACAGGUGAUGGAACAGAGAGAUGUCGAACGCCGUAAGAGACUGGACCGGCUUGAAGCCGCUCAGAAACGAAUCGAUCGAGUCCGCACCAUGCUCAAACCAAAAUGA